UACUCAGUGCUAUACACUCUGUGUCCUGUAGGAAUCAAGAAAUACGCAGACAUUGUUUAAUCCACUCCUCUACCAAAACUGGUGUUCCCAAAACACUGUGUUUAAUGUAGGAUUAUGCUCAGAGUUAAAGCCUUCUGCUUGGCACGGUCUGUUCGCCUGGCUGCUGCCUGGGUGAAAGUCUCCAGCAAGCAUUGGUCUUCGUGGGCAAAGACAAACAUUACCUGUGUGCAAAGCUACAGAACUGAGCAAAACAGCACUGGGGGAGCAGCUGAUCAGGCCAAGGGUAUGGGAGAAAAAGAACUGCCUGGCGUUUUGAUCUGUGAAAUAGGAGGUGCAUUUGGUGUACUGGAGAGCCAUGUGGAGUUCCUUAAGAAACACUUCAAUCUCAUCACCCUGAGAGAGUUUCACAGAAACAAGGACGAACUUCGUGAAAAGAUCAAGUCUAUUUUUGUAUUUGAGUGCAGGCCUCUCAUUGACCGGGAACUUCUUGAAAGCUUGCCCAACUUAAAGGUGGUAGCAAACUCAGGGGUAGGGGUGAAUCAUUUGGACUUGAAACUGAUUUCGAGCUUUGGAGUAAAAGUCACCAACACCCCACAUGCUGUUUCUGACUCCACAGCAGACAUAGGCAUGGCCUUAAUGCUGGCAUCUGCAAGAAGACUGGUGGAAGGUUGUCACAUUGCAGCAUCUCCAGAUACCACACAUUUUGCAGUUGACUGGCUGGGAGUAGAAGUUACCCGGGCCACUCUUGGUAUCAUUGGGAUGGGCAGCAUUGGGUAUAAAGUAGCCAAGAGAGCAAAAGCUUUUGACAUGAACAUCCUUUAUCACAACAGGAACCGUAGGAAAGAGGAAGAAGAACAGGCAGUUGGUGCUACUUAUUGUAGAAACAUAGAAGACUUGCUCCAACGGUCUGACUUUGUGAUGUUGGUUGUGAAUCUGACACCUGAGACACACAAGCUCAUUGGGAAAAGACAGCUGCAGCUGAUGAAACCCACGGCUACUCUCAUCAACAUCUGCAGAGGUGCAGUAGUUGAUCAAGAUGCCUUGGUAGAAGCGCUCAAAAAUGGAGUGAUUAAGGCUGCAGCUUUAGAUGUGACUCACCCUGAACCAUUGCCAAGGGAUCACCCAUUGUUGCAACUGAAGAAUGUUAUUAUAACUCCUCACAUUGGAACUGCAACUGUACAAGCCCUGCUUAUGAUGACAGAAGAAGCAGUGGAAAAUAUACAGGCUGUUCUCAAUGACCUCCCCAUUCCUAGUGAAGUGAUCACCCAAUAGUUUGAUGGAGAACAUUAAUAAUCAAUGGCUGGUCGGCAAAAGGACAUUAACCGCUAAGUAACAAUGGUGCAUGAGAAUCAAAACUCAUCCUACAUAGUUUUCAUUUAUGGCCUCCCAUACUGUUAACUAUUUUCUGUAAUUAUAUUCUUAAGUAAAAGAACUAAUAAAUGUUGAUCCAAGGCUUUCAAGCACAA